AUGGAGUUGCUUGGGGAUUCUCUGUGCUUUAGGUGGUGGUGGGAGGGAGAUCAUCCCAGGCAAGCACGAUUGGGGUUAGAAGGAGAUAGCAGUGUGAAUGAUAUUGGAUUUUUGAGAAGGUUAGCUGAAAGAGACUGUAAGGUUUUGAGCCUUGCUGGUUUCCUUUGUGUACAGAUACGCGAAGCUAGGAAUCAAACACUGGGUGAUUGCCUCAAGAAGGAGUUUAGGAUCACCGUUAAUAUCAUGAGGAGCACCAUAUCCAUUGACGCGUUUGAGGGUGUAAGAGCUCUGACCAUAGCCAAAGACAACUGUCCCAGGUGGAAUCCAGCGACGUUGGAUGAGGUAGAUGACGAGAAAAUCAAGUUGGUGUUUAAGCCCUUGGAGGAUGAUCUUGAGCUACGUAUCCCUGAAACCGAAGAGAACAGGUUUGUAAGGGUGGGAAGGCAAAGCCGAGACUUCAGGUUUUGCAUCAGUACGAGGAUAAAAAGAAAAAGUAGAGAAGAGAACAGAGGAUCCUGUGUGUUGUGUUUAUUUUAACUGCCAAGAUGUUAUGCUAUAUUAUUACCUAAUGUGUUGUUGCUACAUGUUCAAACACUCUAUGCAGUGAUGUUUUAAUAAAGGGUUGUUAUGUCUGAAUUGAUUUCUGUU